AUGAAGCUCGCGCGGAAGGGUGACGUGCUACCACCGCGCGGAGGGGCAGCCGUUGGUGUGGUGGCCACGUGCCCUGCGAGUGAACAAGGAGGCGCCGAGAAGCUUAAACAAGCUCACCGAUGGAACGUUUAUCUCGCUUUGAUGGACGAUGGUGGCUAUCACAAAGUCCACGAAGGAGCAUCCUUGUACGCACACGAUCAAAUCUUAGUCUUUCGCGUCUCGGUUAGUUUCAAAACAUUUACAACUGUAAUAACUAACGAAUUUCAAGAGUCAGCACGUGCAGAAGUGAUCAGCAAAAUGUUCUUUGAACAGUUCAUCAAUCCUAAAACUAAAUAUGAGAUUGAUCUAGCUUUUUUAGAGACACUUCUACAACAAGGUGCUAACAUAAAUUUCAAGGAUGUGAAUGGAUGCACUGUUCUGCACGAGGUGGCUCGAAACUGGCACGUGGAUAUUGCAAUAUUUCUUGUGGAGCAAGGCGCUGAUGUGAACCAGACUGAUGUUUUUGGAAGAACUGCCCUACAUGUGGCAGCUGCUGCAAACAAUGUGGAAAUGAUCAAGUUUCUUAUCCAGGAAAAAGCAAAUGUAGAUCAAGUUUCAGACGGAGAUAUGCUGACACCAAUGCACUGUGCAGCAAAACAUGAUGCUUUAGAAGCUGUUGUAUGCUUAUAUGAACACCAUGCAAGUAUUCACAGAAAGGAUGCCAGAAAGAGAACACCACUUUUCCUUGCUGCAGCAAAUGGUUAUAGUAGGACAGCCAUAAUGUUGUUGAAGUUUGGAGCUAGUGCCACAGUGGAAGACAACUCUGGAUUCUCAUGUCUCAUGGAAAUGAUCAUUAAAAUGCCUACUGUGCUGGCAAUAUCAGACUUUGAAUGCAGAAAGAUCCUCGCAAAACUGAAACAGCUGGUGGUGAUGGUGUAA